AUGAGUUCGAAAGAUGUCCUAGAUGCAGAGAUAUCCCAUGACAAUCAAGAUGAUAGUGUAGACGCUGAGAAUUAUAUCACGGGAGCUUCUUGUGACAGCCACGUGGAUAGUGUCAUUGAAAGUAAAGAAAGAGACAAAAUAGACGUGAUGCAGUUGUCAGCAGCAGAGCUACAGGAGCAGAUUGGACAACAAUUUGUAGAGGGAAUGAACCCAUAUGUGGAAGAGUUACAAGCAGAUGAAGAGUUUAAUGUGGAAGAUUAUUGUGACAAUAACAACGAGAUGCAAUGUCGAUCCCUAGAUAAGGAAAAAGAAUUGAUGGAGUGGGAAAAUCCGUCGUAUUUAGUGAAAGAUUUGGACACGGGCGAAAGUUAUCGCGUGGAAGAGAUUGACCAACAAUUUACACUGGUUACACUUGAUUCGGUGGCAGCACAACAUGAAGAAAAGGAAGAACAAGAAGAGGGGACAGCAGGAUCCAAGUCGUCAUACUUAUUGUCACUGUAUACGGCGGAUGAGACGGCAGAUAUUGAAAUUGAAGAUGACUUGCCAGAACAUGCGAAACUGAUGAACACGGGCAGCUCAUUGCGAGCUCGAAGCUCUAACAUGACAGCGGUUUAUGCGCCGAGUGAUGAGCUGCCGACUGGACCACCUGGAAAAUGCAAUUUUGCUGGCUGUACCGAGACGCAUGAGAGAGUGUCGGGAUAUUGUGCAGAUCAUGAGAUGAUUGCAAGGGAAGAAGAAGAUUCUAGGGCACAGGCUCUGUAUCUGAUUCCAAGUGGUGCGCGUGCAGAGUUUGUCAAGAUUGGAAGUCAUGGGUUUGCAUAUGAUGCGUCGAACCGACUUUAUACUGUGUACGCCAUCGAAAUGCGUUGUGUACAGUCAGGUGCGACAUGGGUUAUUUAUCGCCGGUACCAGCAGUUUAAGGAGCUAAAUGAUCGCUUGCGUCCGAUGGGAGUGCGCGUUCCGUUGUUGCCUCCUAAAAAACUGCUGGGCUCAUUUGAACCAGAUUUUAUUGCAAAGCGACAGAGCGAAUUAUCUGACUGGCUAUGUUGCUUACUGAACUAUGACCGGGUAGAUCAGUCAGCAAAAAACCCUCAUUUGGUAGAGGAAGUUCGCAAAUUUUUGACUAGCAAGGCUGAUCAGCCUCCGCUUCUAUUAGACCGACUGCCACUGAAGCGCUCAAGAUUCUUCGGUGCUUCUCUUGCCGAUGACGGAGACGAUGAGAUUGGUAGGCUAUCUGCCAGCAAGCAAAACGUAACGCUUCAGCAUUUCAAAAUGAUUCAAGUGAUUGGUCGUGGCUCGUUUGGCAAGGUCGUGCUCGUGGGCCACAAAACGACAAAAAAUCUUUUUGCGAUGAAGAUUUUGUCAAAGGAGAAUAUUGUGAAGCGGAAACAGGUAGAACACACGCGCACGGAGCGCCGCGUGCUUGGAUGUACACGACAUCCUUUUAUUGUCGGGCUUCACUACGCAUUCCAGACAGCAGAGCGCCUAUUCUUUGUGCUGGAUUAUUGCCCUGGGGGCGAGCUGUUCUACCACUUGUCACGCAUGAAGAAGCUACCGGAACACAUGGCAUGUUUUUACGCUGCUGAGAUUACGUUGGCACUCGAGCAUUUGCACGGACUUGGAGUUGUAUAUCGUGAUCUCAAGCCUGAGAAUAUCCUGCUCACUAAGGAUGGACAUAUAAAGCUGGCGGACUUUGGACUUGCGAAGGAAGGUAUCCGCGAUGGAGUGAAUGGCACAAAUUCAUUAUGUGGGACGCCCGAGUAUCUUCCUCCAGAGAUUCUCGACCGCCUUGGACACGGAACAGCGGUGGACUGGUGGAACUUGGGUAUGGUACUGUAUGAGAUGCUCACGGGUCUGCCGCCAUGGUAUACGAAUGACCGCAAAAAGCUCUUUGAGCGUCUACGUUCUGCAAGGCUGCACUUUCCGCCGUACGUUUCCCGACGGGCCGAAGCGCUAAUUCGUCAGUUGUUGAAUCGAAACCCGGCCGAACGUCUUGGCUCGAAAGGUGCCCACGAUGUUAAGACCCACCUCUUUUUCGAAAGUAUUGACUGGGCGAAACUAUUGAAGAAGCAAGUGACGCCACCAUUUCGACCGUGUCACUCGGCAAGGAACGACGGCGAGGCUCCAUUGAAUUUUGAGGCAGAGUUUACGCGUCUUCCUCUGCCCAGUGCAGAAACUGCAGUUGCAAGUCCACCUAGUAGCCGCGGUCUGGGUGCAUUAGGAAUGCGAUCACGACGAGAUUCGGACACGUUCAAGGACUUUACGUACGAGAGUCCAGGAUAUCUCGAAUCCGUGGCGAAAAAAGAGGACGUUUAA